AGAUAAUGUAUUUAUUUUUUCAGAUUAGAUAACCCACCUAUUUCAUUCUCUUGUCCCUCCCCCUGAGCAGAGUGCUUUAAAAGUAGCAGUUUGCACGUCCUUCUGUGUAGUCAGGCAGCACAACAGGAGAACCACAACAACAUGGAUUUUUCCAAAAAUGCAACAGAGCGACCAGAGCCUUUAAAGGCUGAAGUGAAAGGGAACGUACCCUCCUGGUUGCAAGGCACACUACUGCGCAACGGCCCCGGGAUCUUCUCAGUGGGGGACACCAGCUAUGACCAUUGGUUUGACGGCAUGUCCAUCAUGCACAGCUUCUCCUUCAAGGAAGGUGAAGUGACACACAGAAGCAGGUUCCUGAGGAGUGAUACCUACAAAUCCAACAUGGAGUCUAAAAGAAUUGUUGUGUCGGAAAUGGGAACAAUGGCCUAUCCGGACCCAAGCAAAAACUUCAUUGUCAAAGCAAUCACCUUCCUCAACCACACAGUCCCCGACUUCACAGACAACGGCGCCAGCAAUUUCAUCAAAUACGGCCAGGAUUAUUUUGCCACCUCGGAAACCAACUACAUUCGGAAAAUUGACCCUGUGACCCUGGAGACAUUGGACAAGGUGGACUACUUAAAGUUCCUCCCUGCCAACUUGGCAUCAUCCCACCCACACUAUGACAAGGAGGGCAACGCCUACAACAUGGGCACUUCUAUAGCUGAGAAGGGCAAGACUAAAUACAUACUGUUCAAAGUCCCUGCUGCUUCCCAGAAAGACAAAGACAAGAAGGCUCUGGCACUGAAGAACGUGCAGGUGAUCUGCUCCGUGCCCUGCCGCACCCUCCUGACUCCCAGCUACUACCACAGCUUCGGCAUGACAGACAACUACUUCAUUUUCAUCGAGCAGCCUUUCAAGCUGGAUAUCGUCAAGAUGGCCACUGCCUACAUGAGGGGCGUCAACUGGGCCAGCUGUUUGAAAUUCUGCCCGGAAGAAAAUACGCUGAUCCACUUAAUAGACAGAAAAACGGGCAAAACGGUAGAGACCAAGUACUCCACGAGCGCCAUGGUCGUCUACCAUCAUGUGAAUGCCUUCGAGGUCGAGGGUCACGUGAUUUUUGACGUCAUAGCCUACAAGGACCACAGCCUUUAUGAAAUGUUUUACAUGAGCAAGCUGAAAGAAAACCGUGGAAAUUGCAACGAAAGCUACUCCAAACCGAGCUAUAAGAGAUUUGCCAUUCCUGUGCAGUCAGACAAGGGAGCCGCAAUAGGACAGAAUAUGGUGAAUGUAAAAUGCACCACAGCCAGCGCGGUGAAAGAGAAGGAAGGCAAACUGGUGUGCGAGGCAGAGGUGCUCUGUGAAGGGUUGGAACUGCCUCGAAUUAACUACGACCUGAAUGGCAAGAGCCACCGCUUUGUUUACGGCAACUGUGUGGAGAAAUCUGCACUGGCUAAAGAGAUUUGCAAGUUUGACGUAGAAACCAAGCAAAUGUUGACCUGGAGCGAAGACAACUGCUGGCCGUCUGAGCCGUUGUUUGUCCCAAGACCGAAUGGCGAGACAGAGGAUGACGGCGUGGUGUUAACAUCUGUGAUCAACAACAAUCCCGACCAGUUGAACUUCAUCUUGGUUCUAGAUGGCAAAACAUUCAAGGAGGUCGCCCGCGGGUACGUGAAGACUGAGCUCCAUAAAGACGUACAUGGGUUUUUUAUCCCUCAUGGAAAUUAGUCUUUCAUUGUACACAUGAAAUAUAUUUAGCAAUUACAAAAAACACACUGACAUUGGAGAAGUGUGCCAACAAAGAAAUGUAACACAACAUACACUCCAGUAUAGCUGAGACUUGUAGCUUAUUCGUAUAUCAUAAACUGUAUUAUAAUAAUACCCACUCUUUUUUUGUGCUAUUUUGUUUAGAACAAUCUUUAGUUUCAACCAAAAGUAUGAAUAAAUCCAUUAUAUGGGGAAGUCAUCCAUGUGAAAUAUUUUAUCAUGUUGGUCUUUAACCUUUUGUCUUUGUAUCACACUGUACAAGUUUAGCUUCCAUAAAUAAGUUCAACACCGCUUAGAAUAAUGUUUUCAGUCAAAAAAGGGGCUAUAUAUUGCUUCACAGUCACCUGCUAUACAGUUUAAAACGUGUACGUCUGAGAUUAAAGGAAAAUCUUUACUCCUAUCUGUAAAUGAUAUCGGCUUGUAUAUUCAAUAAAAUGUGACUGUACUUCAAAACAGAACGCCAUCAUUUGAGAGUUAGUUUGAGAAAUAAAGAAAUAGAGAACUGAAUAAAAAGUGUUUUAAAAUAGUAAAUUAAAAAAAGCAAUACAUGUUUAUUUUUGAAUGAACACUCAAAGCCAGUCAAAUGUUUAGUCAUCCUGUCCAAUUUAUUUUCUCAUCCAAA